AUGGCUCCGGGUGGCCGUGCUGGAUUUCGCGGAGGCUCCAGCCGAGGAGGACCCAGUCGCGGAGGAACCAGAGGAAGGGGGUCGUCUCGAGGGAGAGGGAGAGGACGGGGAAGAGCAGUGGCACAACAGCCUCGAGGUGCCCGAUUUGACGAUAAAAGGCUAGCCUCCAAGGAUGAGUCUGAGAGCGAGGCGGGGAGUGAGAGCCCAUCGGACGACGAAUCAGAUGCCAUGGAGGUUGAUUCUAAUGAGGAGGAUGAGGAGGAGACUCAAUCUGCCCAGCCUUACCUGAGCCUGAUGCGGAGUCUCGUGGAGAGCGCGCCGAAAGCGAAGCGGCGGAAGCUGGAUCACGCUUCGGCGGAGAGGCAGGGGCCGGAGUCCACAAAGCCAGAGGCGGCACCAGAAGCUACUGAUGGCGAAGAGGAUGGCGAUGAAGAUGGCGAGGAGCGGGAUGUCGAUUUUGUCGAAGAGCCAGAAGAGGACCCGACGAACGCGGCGCCAGAAGACUUAUUUGACGAGGACGACGACCUGGAUGUCUCCGACCCGUUUGAGGUGCACUUUGCGGACCCCAAAGAAGAGGUACUGCGGCCACGACUCGAAGCGAUCCAGGGGAAUAAGUGGCGCAUGGAACGGAUAGCAGCCAACUCGACAAGGGUCUUCUUCAACACUCCAGAUGCUGGGGAUGCGGCGGCCAAGCCGCUCCCGGCACCAAUAUCGGGCAUUUCGGACCUCAAACUCAAGAAGAGAUUGCAAGAGGCCAUGGCUCCCAAACAUGCCAAGUUUGACCAGGUUGAGCAAACAAUAGCGCCGCUGCUCUUCAACUACCAGGACAUGCUCUAUUGCAACAGGACUGUUGCGGGGUCGCAGGGCAUCAGGCGGAUGGCCUCUCUCCAUGCCCUCAACCACGUCUUCAAGGCUGAUGGCAACGAGGAUCUGGAGUUGAGAGACCAAGGCUUCACGCGACCUAAGGUGCUGAUGCUCCUUCCGACCAGGCAGUCGUGCGUCAAGAUGGUCGAUAUGAUCGUCUCCAUCUGUGAGCCAGACCAGCAGGAAAACCGGAAGCGAUUUGAAGACGGCUACAUCGAUAAGCAAUCAAAGUUUUCCGACGACAAGCCCGACGAUUUCAAGGAUCUCUUUUCGGGAAGCGACGACGACAUGUUCCGACUGGGUAUGAAAUUCACCCGGAAGACAAUCAAGUACUUUUCGCAGUUCUACAACUCGGACAUCAUCUUCGCCAGCCCGCUCGGUCUCCGCAUGGCCAUCGGCUCCGAGGAGGAGAAGAAACUCGACUUCGACUUCCUCAGCUCCAUCGAGCUUGUCAUUGUCGAUCAAGCCGACGCCCUACUUAUGCAAAACUGGGAGCACGUCGAGUUCAUCUUCGAGCACCUCAACGUCCAACCCAAGGACGCGCACGGGUGCGACUUCAGCCGGGUGCGUAGCUGGUACCUAGACGACCAGGCCAAGCACUUCCGGCAGACGGUCAUCUUCAGCGCUUUCAACACACCCGAGCUAGUCGAGCUGCUGCGGACACACUGCCACAACUGGGCGGGCAAGGCGCGGCUCCAGCAGGAGUCGGCGGGAACAAUCCAGCACCUGCCGGUCAAGGCGCGGCAGACGUUCAGCCGGUUUGAGGCCGGGUCGAUCGCGGCGGACCCGGACGCGCGGUUCGCCUACUUCACCAAGGCCAUCGUGCCGAUGCUAGCGCGGCACCGGGGGCGGGACGCGGCGGGCACGCUCGUCUUCAUUCCGUCGUACCUCGACUUCGUGCGCGUGCGCAACUACUUUGCCAACAACCCGGCCGUUGAGAACGUCUCGUUCGGCACCAUCUCCGAGUACGCCGACGUGCCCGAGGCCUCGCGCGCGCGGUCGCACUUCCUCAACGGCCGUCACAAAGUCCUGCUGUACACGGAGCGGGCGCACCACUUUAGGCGGUACCAGAUCAAGGGGGUCAAGCGCGUGGUCAUGUACGCGCUGCCGGACAACCCGCUGUUCUACCAGGAGAUCGCGGGCGGGUAUCUGCAGAAGAGCGAGCAGUCCCUGCUUGUGGAGCACGGACAGGGGGUGGUGAGGGUCAUGUUUUCCAAAUAUGAUGUGAUGAAGCUAGAGCGGAUUGUCGGGACGUCCAGGGUGGGCAAGAUGAUCCACGACCAGGGAGAUACCUUUGAUUUCGUGUAG